GGAGGCCAAUCGUUUGAGGUGGGGUGCAUUGGGGGUGAUCUGAUGCUCGCAGAGAGAAAGAACUUGACGAGAAAGUUGAUGCCCACGACCUCCACUCGAGUCUGAGCUGCCCCACAAGAUGAAGGCUACGCUGCUGCUGCUCUUUGUUGCUGUCCUCACAAUCAAAGCUGUAGCUGGAGGGAAAAACAACAAAGAGAAAAUCAAACCUUCCCAGUCUGGUUCGGACUGCACCGACUGGCGCUAUGGAAACUGUGUCCCUAGCAACGGAGACUGCGGUCCCGGGUUUAGGGAGGGAAUAUGUAAUCUGCAAACCAAGAAAAUGAAAUGCAAAGUACCCUGCAACUGGAAAAAGAACUUUGGAGCUGACUGCAAGUAUAGGUUUGGAAGUUGGGGUGAUUGUGACCCAGAUGCUGGCAUCCAGACACGAAGUGGGACCUUGAAGAAGGCACUGUACAACGCAGAGUGCCAGCAGACCAUUUCUGUCACCAAACCCUGCCUUGGCAAAACCAAGACAAAAAGCAAAGGAAAGAAGAAAAAAGGCAACGACCAGUAGAUGCAAGAGAGGAAUUUCUGGGGACAGGCAAGACAAGAAUCUUUAUAAAUAAAUGGUCUGGCAACUCACCUCUGACGUUUGAACAGUGGUACUGACAUUUAUAGCACUAAGCUAGUUUUGUUUGUAGACUUUCUCAAAAGCUGACUAAUUCUGAAGUUGAACAUAGAAAAUACUUCUUAUCGCCUGUGAAUCUCAUGCUGUCGAUUUGGGCCACCAUGCUAUUACUAAAUUCUAGCCAUUUGUCAUUAGCAUUAGUGAAUAUGUGCAUCGCAACAGCAGAUUCCAUGAAGCUACAGCGUGAACAUAUUUUCAAAUAAUGUUGUUAUUUUUGAAAAUCAUUGAUGAUAUUAUUAGUAAAGAUCGGUUUCGCCUCUGC